AUGAGCUACUGCGGCAGCUACUACGGAGGCCUAGGCUAUGGCUAUGGAGGUUUCGGUGGCCUGGGCUAUGGCUACGGCUGUGGAUAUGGCAGCUUCCGAAGACUGGGCUAUGGCUGUGGCUAUGGAGGCUACAGAUAUGGUGCUGGCUAUGGGGGCUACGGAUAUGGCUGCUAUCGUCCAUGUUACUAUGGAAGAUACUGGUCUUCUGGCUUCUACUGA